AUGGAUUACAAUAAGAGAAACACCUUGAAAUACUCUUUUAAGAAUUUUAAGUUGGAUGACCUAAGGAAGCUAGGAGCUUUGGUUGAAGAUCAAGAGGGGUUCAAGGACAAGUACGGAAGGCUAUUAUCCUUAUUGAGAAUCCAAGUGAAGGAUGGGCUUCUUUCUACGUUACUACAGUUCUAUGAUCCGGAUUACCAUUGUUUCACGUUCCCAGAUUAUCAGCUAUUACCUACCUUAGAAGAGUACUCUCAGUUGGUGGGGUUACCUAUUAUGGAUAAGUCUCCGUUCCCUUUCUUAGAGAAGGACCCUAAAGAGGAAGACAUUGCUAAAGCCAUAUGCUUAAAGGUGUCCGACAUCAAAGGCAAUAUGAUCGCCAAAGGCGGAACUGUAGGGUUACCUACGCUUUUCUUAAUCAAGAAAGCCCAAUAUUAUGCCGAUCAUUUAAGCAUGCCUACCUUUGAAACAAUCCUUGCUUUGCUUAUUUAUGGAAUGCUACUCUUCCCAAGUUUUGAAGGAUUCGUUGACAUUAACGCCAUCAAAAUAUUCAUGAAGAACAAUCCAGUACCAACGUUAUUGGGUAACACUUAUCAUUCCAUACAUCUCCGGAAUUUUCAUGGUGGAGGAAUGAUCACCUGUUGCGUGCCUUUAUUAUACAAGUGGUUUAUUUCGCACUUGCCCAAGUCUUUUUUGAGUCUUGACAAGGGAUUUUGGUCACCAAGGGUCAUGGCGCUGACACACUCGGACAUCGUUUGGUAUAAUCGUGUGUAUGAUGGAAUACUAAUUAUCGACAGCUGUGGAGACUUUGCCAACGUACCUUUACUUGGUUUUAAUGGAGGAAUCAGCUACAAUCCAGUCCUAGCUCGCCGACAGUUAGGGUAUCCCUUGAAAGAACCGCCUAAAAGUGUUCAUGUGGAGAAAAUCUUCUUUAAGGGUGACAAAGAACUUCAAGAUCAGAUUGUAUCCGCUUGGCGUCAUUUGCACAAGAAAGGCAAAGAAAGUUUGGGAAAGCCGAAUUGUGUGUCUAUGGAACCUUAUCUUCGUUGGAUCCGGGAAAGAGCCAUCAAGCUGAAGAUGCCUUAUCCUCGCCAAGAUCCUUUACCUCCGAGAAGAGAACCUGUUUUAGUAUUCAUGUCCGAAGCUGAAAAGUUGGAAAUCGCUUUGAAGAGAUCACAACAUGAGGCAGAAACGUGGAAAAAUAAAUAUCAGGUUAUCGUCAGUGAGAAUGAAGAGCUACAAAUGCAGCUGCAGGCGAAGAAUGAAGAAGUGCUUUCCUACAAAAAGAGAAGAAUCUACGAGGAUUUAUUUUCCUCCGACUCUCCGCCUACUCGUUGA